GACGUAUUCACAACUGAUCUAUGUUUCCGUUUGUAAUACGUCUUUUCGUUUGGUGUGUGAGACUGUGAUGGUGCUGUAAAUAAAAAAAAGCCUCACAGGAUGCAAAUAUUCGUGAAGACUUUAACGGGUAAGACCAUCACUUUAGAGGUCGAACCGUCCGAUACAAUCGAAAAUGUGAAGGCAAAAAUCCAAGAUAAAGAAGGAAUUCCACCUGACCAACAACGUCUAAUUUUUGCUGGAAAACAAUUGGAAGAUGGCCGUACUUUGUCUGAUUACAACAUCCAAAAGGAAUCGACAUUGCAUUUGGUCUUAAGAUUGAGGGGAGGUGCCAAGAAGCGUAAGAAGAAGAAUUAUUCCACUCCCAAGAAGAUCAAGCACAAGAAGAAGAAGGUCAAAUUGGCAGUUUUAAAAUUUUAUAAGGUUGACGAGAAUGGUAAAAUCCAUAGGCUGCGCCGUGAAUGCCCUGCCGAACAGUGUGGCGCCGGGGUCUUUAUGGCAGCCAUGGAAGACAGGCAUUACUGCGGUAAAUGUGGUUACACGUUAGUUUUCUCCAAGCCAGAAGAUAAAUAGUAAGAUUUUAUGUACUGUACAUUAAAAAAAA